AUGUGUCAUUUGCCCGUGGAAGUGGAACAUAAACCUUACUGGGCCAUUAAAGAGAUGAAUAUGAAGGCGUUGGCCUGUGAAGAAGAAUGGAAUGUGCAACUACAAGAAUUGGAGGAGCUAAGGCUGGAGGCAUUUGACUCAGCCAUGUGGUAUAAAGAAGGAACUAAGCUCUGGCAUGAUAAGAACCUUCGGGUCAAGGAACUACGAGUAGGGCAGAAAGUACUUCUUUUUCAAUCUCGGCUGAAGCUAAUGCCUGGGAAGUUGAAAUCCAAGUGGAUAGGACCAUACACGAUUGUUGGCCUUCAAGCAAAUGGAGCAGUGGAGAUUCAAGGGAGCGCCUCUAAUUCUGUUCCUUUCCUAGUCAAUGGACACAUGGUGAAGGUAUACAGAGAUAAUGCAGAUCUGCAUGUGGUAGAAGAGAUGCCACUACAUGCAUCUGCUAUUAUUUCUUAA